AGCGGCGCCGCACAACCAUGCUGGCCCCGCGGCUGCCGCUCGGCCUGUUGGGGCUGCUGCUGUUGCUGCAGCGGCCGCCGGCCGCCCGGCCGGAGCCCCAGGCCAGCUGCGACCCCGAGGGCUGCUACGCGCUCUACGCCCAGGCGCGCAGCUUCCUGGAGGCCUGGCGCGCCUGCCGGGAGCUGGGGGGCAACCUGGCCACGCUCAAGCGCGCUGAGGAGGCGGCCCAGGUCAGCCAGCUGCUGGCCGGCAGCCGCCAGCCCGGCCCGCCGCGCCUCUUCUGGAUCGGGCUGCAGCGCCAGCCGCGCCAGUGCUUCCCGCAGCGGCCCCUGCGCGGCUUCAGCUGGGUCACCGGCGAGCAGGAGGCGGCCUACAGCAACUGGGCGCGGGCGAGCGGGGCCGGCGGCGGCGGCGGCGGGGCCGGCUGCGCCGCUCCGCGCUGCGUGGCGCUGGACGACCGCGACUUCGAGUGGCUGGCGGGCUCGUGCGCCGGGCCGGUGGACGGCUACCUCUGCCGCUUCGCCUUCCGCGGCAUGUGCGCCGGGCUGGAGGAGGGCGAGAGCGGCGGCGCGGCCGUGAGCUACGCCGCCCCCUUCGGGCCGCUGGGCGGGCCGGCCGCCGCCGCCGCCGCCGCCCCGCCGCCGCGCUUCGUGCCCUUCGGCACGGUGGCCACGGUGAGCUGCCCCGGCGGCGCGGCGCUCUCGCUGCUGUGCCUGCAGAAGGAGGACGGGCGGGUGGCCUGGUCCAAGAGCGCGCCGCUCUGCCGGGAGCGGGCGGCGGCGGCGGCGGCGGCGGCGGCCAGCUGGUGCGAGGGCGACAACGGCGGCUGCCAGCAGCUCUGCCUGGACGAGGGCUCCGGCUACGCCUGCGAGUGCCACGCCGGCUACGUGCUGCUGCCCGACGGCCACUCCUGCGCCGCCAACGACCCGUGCCGCCACCGGCCCUGCCAGUUCGACUGCGCGCCCGAGGAUGAGGAGGAGGGCGGCGGCGGCGGCGGCUACCGCUGCCGGUGCCCCGCGGGGUACGAGCUGGCGGCCGACGGGCACCGCUGCGAGGACCUGGACGAGUGCGCCGACGGGCCCUGCGAGCACCAGUGCGAGAACACGGAGGGCUCCUUCCUCUGCCGCUGCCACCUGGGCUUCAGCCCCUCCGAGGAGGAGCCGGGCCAGUGCGUGGACACGGACGAGUGCCAGAUCCCCGGCGUGUGCCAGCAGAUGUGCGUCAACUACGUGGGCGGCUUCGAGUGCUACUGCACCGAGGGCUUCGACCUGGAGGACGACGGCAUCAGCUGCAGCCCGGUGGAUGCCCUGGGACUGCCCGCCGCCACCCCUCCGGACGUUUGGGCAGACCCCUUCCAAGUGCGCUUCACCACCAGGCGGGCGGACGACCUCAGCGCCCCGCCGGUCCGGUUCUCGCUCUUCCGGGAGGUGGAGACGGGCUCCUCGGAUUCGGCGGCUUCCUUCUUGUCGGUGCCCGACAGGCUGGUCUUCCCCCCUCGCGCGCCCGCCACAGCAGCGCCCGAGGUUGACCACGCCUGGGACUCGCGAGUCUCUCCCCUGGAGCACAGCCCUUCCUCCCCCGACCUCCGCGGGGUCCUCCAUCCCACCGCCCCUGCCUCCGAUCCUCCGACGCCCGCCGGGUCCCUGUCCCUUGGCAUCACGGGGGCCGCGGAGGAGCCCGCUGGCCCAGCUGAACCCAGCACCCCGAGGCCACCCCUAACCCCCCCGCAGCCGCUGCCGCCCGGAGGAUCCAGUCCCUCGGAGGGGAAGGAGGACCCUGUCGUGGGUGGGGUCAGGGCCCCCCUCCCCACCUUUGCCACCCCCAGCCCAGCCUCUGGGGAGGAGCAAGGAUGGGAGAGGAGGGAUGACCGGUGGCUGCUGGUGGCCCUGCUGGUGCCCAUCUCGGUCUUCCUGGUCAUCAUGCUGGCCCUGGGCAUUGUGUACUGUACCCGCUGCGGAGCUCAGGCCAAGAGCCGGAGCGUCACCCAGUGUUACCGGUGGGUGAUCAGCACCUCCGAGAAAACGGCCCCUCCCCCCUCGUCCCGGCCGUGCCAGCCGGCUACUUGCCGAACCAGCGUCUGAACCAGGGGCCAGCACUGGGGGCCGAUGCCCUGCUCCCGGGCCAGGUGGCACAGACAGAAAGGACCCCUCAGCUCAUCGCUGGGCAAAGGGCAAAUGCCAAAGAACGUCCCCUCCCUUCUUCUAAAGCUGGGACAGUCUGCCAGGAUGCAGAGACCCAUCUGGAGGGGCACCAAAGGCUGAGCCCCGAGGCUCGCGGUUGGCUCCGAGGUUGGCUCACAACGAGAAGCCAAGGCUGUUCAGAACUUGGUUGCCGGAAUAAAGACGCCUGUCCUUUUUCAGCCGACAUAAGCGCCUUCAAAUUGCAACCUGGCGCCCCCUUGCUUGCGAACCGAUGCUGCUGGAGGCCCGGAGAUGCUCUGUCCAGAGGGGGUAGCGACCCUCCCGGCGUUGGACAAAAAAGGAGUUGGUUGUGUUUUGUGUUCUUUCCAACCAGGGGUUGGAACUUGGGACCAACUUGCAUGCAAAAGCAGGGGUUCCGCUGCCCAGCGCUGGCUGUCCUGCCAACCAGGGAAGUAAGUUUCUAGUCCUCAUGGCUUCUGAAUAAACCGGAACUAGGAAGCUCUUUUCAGCUUGAGUCAGACCACUGAUCCACACCACUCAGCAUCGUUCCUCCCACUGUGAGCUUGGGGGCUUGUUAAAAACUUUGACUAGCGUGCUGUAUCCUGGGGGGUCGUGGGAUACAGCCCCGUAAAUAUACUUGGGUUGACGUGACCACAAUUUGGGAUGCUGGCAAAAGGGGACCUUCCAAAUCGGGGGCCGGGAGCUGGAAGGCUUUGCACCCCGCAAGUUUGGGGAGGAAAUAGAGGGUGGGGCCCUCUUGGGGCCAGGCAUCUGGGUUGACAACCCUGCCACGGUGCGGGAGAGGGUGGGGCCGUGCAGAAGGCAGGCAGGCUUCACAAACAGGGGAGGAACCCUCUGGAU